GCCCGCCCCGCCCCGGCCGGUGUAGGAGGCGAGCGCGGGCGCAGAGACCGCGGAUCUCUGCGGGCCCCGCUCGGGCGCAGCACCCGCCGGCUCGCCAUGGCCGCGCUGCUGCGGAGCCUGCAGGACUCGCAGCUCGUGGCCCGCUUCCAGCGCCGCUGCGGGCUCUUCCCGGCCCCGGAGUCGGGCGCUGCCCCUGAGGUCGGGCAUCUCCAGGCGGCCGAGAGCAAGGGCGGCGGGGGCCUGGCCAAUGGGCUGCGGAAAACUGCGACCCCGCAGGUUUAUGGGCAGAAAUACAUUGUGAAGAAUUAUUUCUACUAUUACCUAUUCAGAUUUUCGGCUACUCUGGGUCAAGAAGUGUUCUACAUCACAUUUCUUCCAUUCACUCACUGGAAUAUUGAUCCUUACUUAUCCAGAAGACUGGUCUUAAUAUGGGUGCUGGUGAUGUAUGUUGGCCAGGUAGCCAAAGACAUCCUGAAGUGGCCCCGUCCCUCCUCUCCUCCUGUUGUGAAGCUGGAAAAGAGAGUGAUGGCCGAGUUCGGGAUGCCAUCCACCCACGCCAUGGCUGCCACUGCUAUCUCCUUCACCCUGCUAAUCUCAACCCUGGACCGCUACCAGUACCCUUUUGUUUUGGGACUGGCGAUGGCUGUGCUCUUUUCCACCCUGGUGUGUCUCAGCCGGCUCUACACUGGGAUGCACACGGUCCUGGAUGUGCUGGGCGGCGUCCUGAUCACUGCGCUCCUCAUUGCCCUCACCUACCCUGCCUGGACCUUCAUCGACUGCCUGGACUCUGCCAGCCCCCUCUUCCUUGUGUGCAUCAUCGUUGUGCCUUUUGUCUUGUGCUACAAUUACCCAGUGUCUGAAUACUACAGCCCAACCAGGGCCGACACCACCACCAUUCUGGCUGCCGGCACUGGCAUGAUCAUAGGAUUCUGGAUCAACCACUUCUUCCAUCUCGUAUCCAAGCCCGCCGAGCCUCUGCCUGUACUUCAGAACAUUCCACCCCUCACCACGGACAAGCUGGUUUUGGGUCUCGCCAAAUUUACCGUGGGAAUUGUGUUGAUCCUCUUGGUUCGCCAACUUGUACAAAAUCUCUCGCUGCAAGUCUUAUUCUCCUGGUUCAAGGUGGUGACCAGGAACAAGGAGGCCAGGCGGAGGCUGGAGAUCGAAGUGCCUUACAAGUUUGUCACUUACACAUCUGUUGGCAUCUGUGCUACGACCUUUGUGCCGAUGCUACACAAGUUUUUGGGAUUACUCUGAGCCUCAGUAGUGAGAAACCACCUGCUGGCUGUGAGAGUCAAGAAAGCGUAGGUGUACAGGGCUGACAACUCACUCUUCUUUAAACGAAGACUCAAGUCAUCCUUCGUUUUGUUGAUAUCACACAGGUGAUGCUGCUGUGCAGCUAAUGCUGCUAUUAGUCUGUAGCCACCAUGCUAUAGUCGAAGCCAGGCUGAAUCCCACAUUGAGUUCUCCAAGGCCACGCACCUUCGCCCUUCUGUUACACGGACUUUGGACUAGUCCAGGGUGCACAGGAAGAGUGGCCUGGCUCUGGGAUGGCCACUGGGGUAAGGUAAAGGGAGAGUGUUUCUUUUCAGCUCUCACUCUGCCCAGCACUGAGUCUUAUUUGCAGAACUACAGCUUUGGUUGGGAGAAAGGGUAGCACUGUAUACAGCUCUGUUUGUUGGACGGGGCAACUUCCUUAUGUCCUGAGUGAAUUAGACCAUACCUGUGUGUUGGUAGGAACACUCAGAAGAAAACUUCCUUCGAGGAGGUGAUGGACGGCAGGGAAGAGCUGUGAGCCUGUGUGAGGAGCCUGUUUCCCUAGCCCUCAGAAGUUCGUGUUGAAAUGGAGCUGCUCUUCCUUGAUCACAUAUUUUGCAGGUUCCCCAGCCUUCUGACCCACGAGCUGACUGGCUUCUGCCACCUCAACACUGGUGGGCCCAUGUGGGACUCACUGAGACUCCUGUUCUCUCAAGGUCUUCAGCCGUUUAGGCUUUCAUGUGACCCUGCAUCUGCCUGUGAAAGAGAAUCAAUGGAAGGGACCCACUUAAUCCUUUAGGUUCCUGACCAAGAGGGGAUGGGCCUCCCCAGCAUUGCCUGGUGCCAGGAAGGCCUCCUGGCAUUCUCUAUGUCUCAGGCAUCUUCUGUGAAUUCUGUUUUCGCAUCUACCACAUAGACCCAGAGGCUCCCUCUGCUUCCCUCUCUGCUUUCCCACCUCUUAUCUGCUGACAACUUUGAGUCAUUAAUGCAAAAUCAACUUGGAAGAGCUUGUCUUGGGAAAACAUGCCAGCAAAAUACAGCAACACCCAUUAAACACGCAUGAAACCUAGUGUGGUCUUCCUUAAAUGUGGGUGUGGUGGGGGCGACCACCAUGCACACACCUGCCAGUUCCUUCCCAAGACCCCACUCCAUUCUGAAGAGUAAAGCAUAGCUGUCAACAACUUUCUUACAAGUUACCUUAAAUAUAUAGUUAAUAUUUUCCAAGGAAGAGUGUCCCCACCUCCAAAACCAGUAUUUCAUGUUUCUAACACUUCAUCACUGUGUGCACAUUUGGGGAAAAUCAGCCUCCUUAACCUGAGGUCUGAGACUUUGCAUCCUGCAUUUAAACCAAAAUCCACAUUUCCCAUGAGUCCAAGUUUCCUCCAUGGCCUUACGAUUGGGAAGAUUCUCUCCAUAUGUGACUUAGUGCUCCGAUUUCUCAAGAAGCAUAAUUUUUAGAAGAGCACGCCAUUUUCUUAAAACUCUUCUCACAUUUAUCAUAGGUAAACAGGGAUCCAAAUGACCCAGUAUCUGAUAGUUUUUGUAUGAAACUUAUCAUCUGGGCAGCACCAUGAUUGCGAGGGGUGGGGCCAGGCUAGCUGACAGGCGUUCUGGCCUCUUCAGAGCCCUGGUUGCUGGUUGGAUGAGCCACACUUCUGUUCCGUCUCAGCUGCCAAACCAGAGCUGGCCACACUGGAUACUAUUUACACCAAAUGAUUGUAGUUGAUUUUUCUGAGCCAAAAGAACCAGCUUUCUCCACUUUUAUCUUUUAAAAAGUGGGGCUACAACCAUCGAAACAGCAGUGGGUGUGACAGUUCACAUAAAGUUUCUACAGCUGGCCCUUUGAAGUCCUCACAAUAGAAAGGUUGAUCAGCUGUCUGGGUGUAUUUAAAACUGUGUUUACAAAAUUUGAAUCAAGGACAAAUGUUUUAGAAACAGAAUGCCAAAGAAUUUGUCAUGACUGGUCACUUUUUAAAGUACUUUAGGGUUGGGGAUUUAGCUCAGUAGGCAUAAGCACCUGUCUGGCAAGCUCACGAUCAUGAGUUCAAUCUCUGGUCCAAAAAAUAAAAUAAUAGCAACAGGAGAUGACAGCAACAGGAGAAUGAAAGGAAUAAAUUUGCAGCCACAUGUGGAGAAUGGCACACACCAGUAAUUCCAGCUACUCAGGAAGUUGAGGCCGAAGCAUCACAAGUUCAAGUCCAGCCUGGGCAACCUAAGGGGACCCUCUUCGAACUAAAUACUUUUUGCAAAGGCUGGGGAUAUACAUCUGCAGUAGAGCGCUUGUCUGGUGAUUUUCCCCAAUUGUGCACACAGUGAUGAAGUGUUAGUGAUGAAGUUCAUGCGUAUGAACUAGGGUUCCAUGGUCUGCACCAGGUGAAAGAAGCAUCUCUUGGUGAGGCCACACUUUGUUUUUGAAUGCACCUGUUCUGUGGCCAAGAAUCAGGCAGAAACUGCAUGAAAAGUCAUUGCCGGAUCCAGACUUUGCCUUUGCAGCCUCUUCCACUCAGUCCUGUAGAGCACCUUGCUCAGCUCAGCUGUGUGCCCUUGCACGCUUGCACCCCUGCAGGUCCCUUCAGAGUCUGCUUCUCCUUCCAAAACCUGGGGAUUUUCUCUCUGGGGGAAGGCUGCCCCCUGCUGGUUUGGCUUCAGUCUUGGUCCAAAGCCCCUCUUACUCUAGAGCUUAGAAAUGAAGUUUCAAAGUCAAGCUUUCCACAGUGUGACUCUAGUAUAAGCCUGAAUUCUGUGGCCUGGCCACCCUUGACCCCAAGGCCCUCAGGAUUAGUGUCCCCUCCAGAAGCCAGGCAGAGUGCCACCCUUUCCCUGUCUCCAUCUUCCACAAGCCCAUGACUACAUGUGGGUCGAGGUGCCCAUCCUGUGACCUUCAUGCUGGUCAUCUGUUGUUUCACGCCAGUUUGUCUCAGAACUGCGCCAUGACAGAAUACACAGGGAGGGUAGGGGGCCCAAAUAGAAAAGUCCUUGAUUUCCAAACUCUUAAACAGCAGUAGUUGAAAUCACUCCACAACUUAGCCAGUCGUUCACGGAAACGUGGAAUUUCCUUGCCCAAAGACAGCUCGCACCUCCCAGGUAUAAUCAAUGCAUGUGGCAUUUCGCAGCCAUAUAUUCUCACUUUCUGUUCUGGAAGCCUUCAGCUGCCUUGCUUACACACUGUAUGCAACUUUAUUCUUUUAAAAAUAAAAUAAUUUUUACUUCAGUGUGAUUUCUUAUUAAAUGCUUUGAAGACCA